AUGUCAACAUACGGUGUUGUAGCCGGUGAUACCCUCUGGGGUAUUAGCCAACGAUAUGGAUGUACAGUUGAUGCAUUGAUGGCUGCCAAUCCUGGAGUAAGACCCGAAGCAUUAGCAGUGGGCCAAAUCUUGAAACUACCAUUCGGAGCAUCCAACAACACAUUACCAAUAAACACAUCGUCAUCAACAAACAUAUGGCCAUCUCCUCAAGGACCGUUACUACCAACAGGACGAACACCUAACAAUGCUCGGUUAGAUACAACGUUGAGUGAAAGAGCUCCAUCUCCCAUUGGACAGCUGCGCGAUUUAAUCAAUCCUACAGCACAAGCAACGAAUAUGCCAGCUGAUCUCAUCGGUGCUGUCAUCUAUCAAGAGUCUGGAGGCAAUAUAAAUGUUAACACGACAACAAAUCCUGGCAAUUUUGGUGUUGAUUCGGGUGUCAUGCAAGUCAAUGAGCAUACAGGUGCUGAACUCCAACGAAAAUAUCCACAUCGUUUUGCUGGCCUUUUCGGUACAGCAAAGGAAAUUAUGCUUGGUGCCAGCUAUCUUAAGGAUAUGUAUGACACGAUUGCAGACCGAGACUGGGGUAUAACACUUCGUGCUUAUAAUUCAGGUCCGAACGGCGUUGAUAAAAAUAAUCUACGUGCAAAACCAGCUGGUACAGGUGAUAGCACUUAUGUUGAUAAGGUUUUGCGUUUUUGGGUUGACAUUUCACAAGGCAAUCCAUUACCACCAGAUCACUAUGCAUCAAUCUACGGCAGAGGCUUUUGA